AAAAAAAAAAGAAGCUCAUAUUAGUCCAGCAGCCCUAAUCUAUCAACGUGUUCCACGCCACCGUCUUCUUCACGCCAUCUCCUCCGUUUCAGCAGCUCAGUGUCACCGCUGCUUCUCUCCCGUUCAGUACUGCUGCCGCAGCCUCCUUCCAACGGUUUUGGGCCGAUUUUCUAUCCUCUUUGUUGUUACUGCUUCUGAAUCAUCAUGUCUUGGUGCACAAUUGAAUCUGACCCUGGUGUCUUUACGGAGCUUAUUCAACAGAUGCAAGUAAAAGGCGUUCAAGUUGAAGAGUUGUACUCGUUGGAUCUCCACUCUCUUAACAAUAUGAGGCCUAUAUAUGGGUUGAUAUUUCUAUUCAAAUGGCGUCCAGGGGAUAAAGAUGAUCGUCUUGUUAUUAAGGAUCCCAACCCAAAUCUAUUUUUUGCGAGUCAGGUAAUUAACAAUGCUUGUGCAACUCAAGCAAUCUUGUCUAUUCUGAUGAAUUGCCCUGAUAUUGACAUUGGCCCAGAAUUAUCCAAGUUGAAGGAUUUUACUAAGAACUUCCCACCUGAACUCAAAGGUUUGGCUAUUAAUAAUAGCGAAGCGAUACGUACAGCCCACAAUAGUUUUGCAAGGCCAGAACCCUUCGUUCCUGACGAGCAAAAAGCUUCUAGCAAGGAUGAUGAUGUGUACCAUUUUAUAAGCUACUUACCUAUUGAAGGGGUACUUUAUGAACUUGAUGGGUUAAAGGAUGGACCUAUUAGCCAUGGCCCUUGCCCAGGCAGCCAAGGUGACCUUGAGUGGCUGAAGAUGGUUCAACCUGUGAUUCAAGAACGCAUUGAAAGGUACUCACAGAGUGAGAUAAGAUUCAACCUCAUGGCCAUAAUUAAGAAUAGAAAAGAGAUGUAUACUGCCGAGCUUAAGGAGCUCCAGAAGAAGAGAGAGCGCAUUUUGCAGCAGUUGGCUGCCUUGCAAUCAGAAACACCGUUGGAAAAUAGCAAUAAUGAGUUUCUAAACAAAUCUCUAUCAGAAGUAAAUGCUGGGAUUGAGGGUGUUACAGAGAAAAUCUUGAUGGAAGAAGAAAAACUCAAGAAGUGGAGAACUGAAAAUAUCAGAAGGAAACACAACUAUAUACCCUUUUUAUUCAACUUCCUGAAGAUUCUUGCGGAAAAAAAACAGUUGAAACCCCUUAUCGAGAAGGCUAAGCAGAAAACUGGUGGCCCCAGGUGAAGUUUGCUUGUGGGUUAUUGUUGUAUUAUUUUUGAUUUGUACUUUACCUUUUUGGUGUUCUUAACUUACGCAAUAGAUUAUCUGAUCGUUAUCAACUCCUCGUCUCUGGUGUCA